AUGGCUUCGCACAUUGCGGAAUACGUUCUCCAGCAUGGUGCAUCAGUAAUUGGAUGUUUGGGCAUUCUGAUAGUACAUGCAACUUUGACCAAGGAAGAUUUUCGAGUUUUCUAUGAACACUUUCGCCAGUGGUGUUCCAAGACAUCCUUCCGCAAGCAGCGAGACGAGCAACAGCUGCGGUACCAAAAAGAGCUUUUGCAGGCGAGGCUUCAAAUGCUUCCAGUUGCCAAUCAAGUGCUGGUACAACUGGCUUUCCUAGUGGGUUUCGUUGCACUUUGGAGAUUCUUGAAGGAUCAGAGCUUUGCCUCGAUAUGUCAAGUUGCUGGAAUGAUGCUGGCCUAUGGCCUACACUCCUGCUCCCAAAGACUUGUCAAGACGGAUCUUCAAUUUCGUGUAUUUGAAGUGGUGGUCCUGUCAGUUCAUGGGCUUAUGACCGCUGGACUCGUUGGUGAAUCUGAUAUUAUGACCCUUUUCUUUGCGGAGAAAGUGCUGGGAACGGGACUUGUCUUCAUGUCUGUCACUCUAUUCGACCUGAAGAUGACUUUGAGUACCCAAAUUUGCGAAGCCGUGCUUCUCAUGUACAAGCAGUUUCAACUAGUUGGCUUUGAACAGGUAACAUUGUUAAUGUUCACAUCUUCACUGACCUCGCAUUUUGUCACUGCUGUACUCAUUGUGUUCACAGAUCGUAUCAUACGAUCCAACAUCUUUGCCAAGAUGAAUUCCAGCGACGCAUCGUCGAUGAUGUUGGGAUUCCGCCAGGUGUUGCGAGGAGUUUGUGAUGGUGAUUUACUCUUGGACAAGAGCAGCUGCAGCAUUGUGGAUGAUGCAAGCUGCCUCGAACGCUUGCUGAAGUCCAGUAAGAAAUUGUCCAAGACCAAUUUCCUGGAUCUCUUCCUGGACUCGGAAAGUCGCCAACGAUUUUUGCACUUUCUGAGUUCGGAUCCUGAGGCAACGCCUGCGAUGCCUCGAGGCUUGAGGCUUGCUUUGCAGGGUGCUGAUGGACUGGUGUCCAUCGACGUGUUCCACACCCAGGUCUCCAACCAAGGUGCGACAGGCAAUGACUACUGCUUGUUGGCAUUAAAAGAGGAUCCAGAGCAAUCAGCCCCUCCUGAUGCGCCUGAAACUACGCCACCAACUACGUCAGUGAAGUCUGAAGCAAUCCCAUCUCGAUGUAGCAGCACGGUCUCGGAAGUUGUGGAAGCUUACGAUGAACUAGUUGAGAUUGCCUUGUUGGUGAGCAAUGAGAACGCAAUGUUUGAUAUUAAGGAGGCGCAUCUUGCUUUCAGGCGGCAGAGCUCAGAACCAGCCAUUGAAUCUGGAAUGCCCACACUGCGAAGAUUCAUCCGGCCAUCGGAUUGGGAUCGCAUGGAGAAGAUGUUUGACAUUGUGACCAAUCUCCCUCCUUCGGAUGUGCAGCAGCGUUGCACCUUCCGCCAUCCAAUGUUGUUCAGACUUCCAGGUGAAUCUCGAAGCUAUCUUCGUUCCAGACAAACCUCAGUGUAUCUGGCUGGCCAAGUAGUGCCAGACCAUCCCGCCCAUUUCUGGAUGAAUUUCUCGUCCUUUGACGCAAGUCAAAUCCGUCGUCCCAGAGAACCGGAGCUGCAGGGCAUUUAUGAAGAGUCAUAG